UACAGCCUGAAGCAGAUGAGGAAAGACGUGGGUAAGCGCAGCGCUGCCAGCAGAGACUUCUCCGGCUCGCCCCAGGACACUGAGCCCGUCAGGAUGGGAGACUGCUCUGUUCCCCAGCCCAGGAGUGGUGUUCAGCAUGCUUCAGGUAAGCAUUAUGAGGAAGAAGAGGAGGAGGAUGCCCUACCUGACUCGGAUGCCCUGCCAGACUCAGAUGACGAGGUGGAUUUGGAUAAGCCGCGCCCCAUACAGAUUGUUCUUGCUCAUGAAGAUGACCAUAACUUUGAAUUAGACGAAGAAGCAUUGGAAAAAAUCUUGCUUCAGGAACACAUCAAAGAUCUUAACAUAGUAGUUGUGUCUGUAGCAGGAGCUUUCCGCAAAGGAAAAUCUUUUCUGCUGGACUUCAUGCUUAGAUACAUGUAUAACAGGACCUCUCCAUGCUGGAUAGGUGGAAACACUGAGCCAUUGACAGGUUUUACAUGGAGAGGUGGAUGUGAACGGGAGACCACUGGCAUUCAGAUUUGGAGUGAAGUGUUUGUAAUUGAUAAACCCAAUGGAACGAAGGUUGCUGUACUACUCAUGGAUACCCAAGGUGCCUUUGAUAGCCAAUCCACUAUCAAAGACUGUGCAACGGUUUUUGCUCUGAGCACCAUGACGAGUUCUGUCCAGGUAUACAACUUAUCUCAGAAUAUUCAGGAAGAUGACCUUCAACAUUUGCAGUUGUUUACAGAAUAUGGAAGACUAGCUAUGGAAGAAAUUUACCAAAAGCCGUUUCAGACACUAAUGUUCUUAAUUAGAGAUUGGAGUUAUCCUUAUGAACACGCAUAUGGCUUGGAAGGAGGAAAAAAGUUCCUAGAGAAAAGAUUACAGGUAAAGCAAAAUCAACACGAAGAGCUACAGAAUGUAAGGAAGCAUAUUCACUCCUGUUUCAGUAAUCUUGGCUGUUUCCUGUUGCCCCACCCUGGUCUUAAAGUUGCAACAAAUCCAAAUUUUGAUGGGAGGUUGAAUGAUAUAGAUGAGGAUUUUAAGAAAGAACUGCGGAAUUUGGUGCCACUACUGCUUGCCCCUGAAAACUUGGUAGAAAAAGAGAUUAGUGGAUCCAAGGUGACCUGUAGAGAUCUUGUAGAAUACUUCAAGGCUUAUAUUAAAAUCUAUCAAGGAGAGGAGCUACCUCAUCCGAAGUCUAUGCUGCAGGCAACAGCUGAGGCAAACAAUCUUGCUGCUGUGGCAGGAGCUAAAGACUUGUACAGUAAAGGCAUGGAGCAGGUUUGUGGGGGAGAUAAGCCUUACAUCGCCCCAUCGGACCUGGAGCGGAAGCACCAGGAUUUCAGAGAGUCAGCUGUCAGGCAGUUCCGCUCGGUGAAGAAGAUGGGAGGGGAGGAGUUCUGUCGGCGCUACCAGGAGCAACUUGAAGUGGAAAUCGAUGAGAUCUAUGCAAACUUUGUGAAGCACAACGAUGGCAAAAACAUCUUUUAUGCUGCUCGUACCCCUGCCACUCUAUUUGCAGUCAUGUUUGCCAUGUAUAUAACCUCAGGACUGACUGGGUUCCUUGGUAUGAACUCCAUAGCUACCUUGUGUAAUCUUGUGCUGGGGAUGGCUCUUAUAUCGUUUUGUACUUGGGCCUACGUUAAGUACUCUGGGGAGUUCAGAGAAGUUGGAACAGCCAUUGAUCAGAUCGCCGAAGCUAUAUGGGAACAGAGGAAUCCCAGGAAGGUGUUUUCCAAACUCUUUGAAGUCCUUAGACGCCGAACGAUUCGCCGUGCUCUUACAUCAGUGCCACGACAGCGACUUUCAUCCAACAAUAACAAGAAGAAAAACUAGCCAGUAUUUUUAACUUUCUUUCUGUAUCUGAAGUGUUCACACUUACACAUAUAGGACAAUAAGCUGGACCGUCUGGGCCGGUCUGCAUAAAUGCUGUAACCAUACCAGACUGAUGCUGCAUAUAGGGUAUGGAAUUGCACAUCCAUCUUCUAAGAACUGUACAGUGGUUUGAGUUCAGUGAAAUACUGCUGUGUAGGAGGGAUAUCACUUGUGUCCAUAGCAUGUGACUGAUUUAACCUCAUUACUGUAGCAGCGAAACUCAUUUCUCUUUCAGUUCAUGCCAGUUUGUGUCAGACUUCAGCAUUCUGAGUUUUCUCAUUAUUUCGAGUCUCAUCUCUUUGUAUGUUUUUAUAUUUUAUUUUCCUUGGUUACCUCAUUUUUUUGUUUCUUUUGCACGUUUCUCAUUCCACAGGUGUUGAAGCCCAUGAGUGAUAAUUUGAUGGAGGAUCAUAUGAGGCAGUCUGUAAAAAACUCUAUCAAAGCAGGCCUGACCGAGCAGGUGUCUCACCAUGCCAGACUAAAGACAGACUGACAGUUCAUCUCCUCUUCGGCUCUGCCCUCUCAUCCUAGACAUGCUUGCUGUACCAUGAGAACUCAAUAAUAAAAAUAAAUAAAAAUAAACCAAAGUUUACAAUCAA